AUGUUGAGUGGAGAAACACUAGGCCUUUUUCUUACCUUGCUCACCGAGGUGCACGGUCUCUUUAACACCUCCGAGUUUCGCCUGGCGUCGCAAGAAAUGGUGGGCAUAAUGGAUGGCAUCGAUGAGGGCUUCUUCGCUUGGAUCUCUCUCCUCUUCCUUAGCCAAAAGUCUUGUCUUGUGCCCUGCCAUCCCCAGCUGCCUUUUACUGAAGCAUCUAUUCAUCAGCAAGCCAUCUUUGAUCUGGGCGGUGGGUCAUUUCAACUCACUUUCGGUGUUACCACCGCUGCCGGACCAAGCGAAUUUGUUCACAACCUCCCUAGUGCCUACCUAGGUACUCAAUUCUCUCCUCUUAGUGGCAAGGUAUUCAUUUUAAUUUUCAACUGCUCCUAUGGAUAG